AUGUCCAGCGUGGCUGAGGUCAAGCAGGGCUACGAGCUUUUCGACCCCCGAGCUUACCUUCAGAACAACUACACCCACCCUCGCGCCAACUUUGAGAGUGAAGAUUGUGUGGUUCCCUGGAAACUUCGCUGCCUCGCCUCCUCCUUCUCAACCGGAGAGGUGCGAGGCCGCACACUGCUCGAUAUCGGCUCGGGACCCACCAUAUACCAGGUGAUCAGUGCCUGCGAGCACUUUGAGGAGAUCAUUUUAUCCGAUUACCUGGAGGUGAAUAGGCAGGAGCUCAGCAAGUGGCUGCACGGAGAACCCGAUGCUUUCGACUGGAGUCCGUACCUCAAAUACGUCUGUAACCUCGAGGGCAACAGCGAGCGGUGGCUGGAGAAGGCCGAGAGGCUCCGGCAGAAGGUGAAGGGCGUGUGGCGUUGUGACGUCCAGCAGCCCAACCCGCUGCACCCGGCCUCGCUGGGGCCGGUGGACGCCAUCACCACCACCUUCUGCCUGGAGGCGGUGAGCGCCGACAAGCGAAGCCUGGAGUCGGCGUUGGCUAACGUCACCACCCUGCUGGUGCCUGGCGGGUUCCUGCUGAUGAUCGGGGCCCUGGACGAGUCCUAUUACCUGGCGGGUCAGGUGCGGAUCCCGGUGUUACCCGUGGACGAGGAAUACGUGAAGCAGGCGGUGACCGGAGCUGGGUACCGUAUCAGAGUGUUCCAGACGUACAUCAUGCCGGCGGGGCUGAAGAUCGGGGUGGAUGACGUGCGAGGGGUCUUCUAUCUCCAGGCUCAGAAGCUCUGAGUCGCUCGGGGUCAAGAUCCCACCAGCUCCCACUCCCACCCUUACCGACUGACUGACUGAGCUGGGAACCGGCUACACAAAAAUCCGACCACAUUGGCCGGAGGUCAUUGCCCCCACGUGUAAAGUGAGUGUUUGCUAUUCCAUCUAUCAUGAGCCCAUUGCUCUGCUUUCCCCCUCCUUUA